AUGUGUGUGUCCGACAUGAGUAUAUGUUUACGUGGAUGUGUGUGUCCAGCCAAAUGAAUGUGUGUUUAUCUGUGUCUGUGUCCUGAACUUCACCCUGAGGAUAAACAGAGAAUACACAUGGUAGGUUCCUUAGAUACUAGACUCCACACAGUCACACCUCUUACUACUGGGUUGAGUAAAACCCAAGACUGUGCGUGUCUGUGCGUCUGUGAGAGCGGGAUGACUUCACUGACCUUAGACAUACUUAACUGACCUGUACCAUCUCAGUCUGUGUUCGCUACUGUGUCUGUUAGUGCAGUCCACUGCUGUCCUGUACAACCGGGUUCCAACUCUCUCAGGUAGACCAGGGUGAACAGACGGGGUCAUGGAGACUUUAUGUCCAGACUGUGGCAGGCUCACUUCAUCCCCCAUGUUAAUUCAUCAACUCUGUCUCGACUGGCCUGGGAGAGCCUAAGCUGUUGCAGGUAGAGGAGAGAAAAUACUGAAACAUAGAAAAACACUGACUCCUAUUUCAUGCCUCCAGAGACCAGCCUGCCUGCCAAAUUUCAAAAGUUAACCCUGGUUUUGGCAUCUAAUUAUUCCUACAGCACAGUCUUAGCUAAAUUUAUGACACCAGAGAAGUUGGCUUGUCCUGUGCCAUUAUAAAUUAGACGGGCAAAGGACUUUAGAGUCAGAGCUCAUUCUGGACUACGGAGACGUGUUCAAUCAAACAAGACGUGCAACUUAAUCAAAGUAAUCAGAGCAGGGCUAAAGUCAAUGAAGUUGCACAUUUGAAGAUCUUUUUUUCUUCUACUCAGAAUCACAUGCAUUUCCAUGUAUUGAUGAAACGUGUCUGAUGUUUCUAAAGUCUGUGUCUGACUCUCAGACCUCAAAGACAACCGAAGCUUAGGCUUAUGACUAGCAUAUACCAUGUGUUGCACACCUACAGUAAGACUAUCAAAUUGAAUCCCAAUGAUGAAAUUGUUUAAAUGAGUUAAGUAGUAAGGGGUUAUUAUGGCCCACCAUUUUAUUUCAGAGUUUUACACACCACUCUGGGCAUCUAGUAACUGUGCCCUUUUCACCUCCAUGUUGUGAGCCUUAAUAUAGGGAGCUUGAGCAAACUCUCUCUUCAAAUGAUCUAAUGCAAAGCUUUGGCUUUGAGUGUGGCUUUAUGUGGCAUAUGAGUCACUGGUGGAAAGAGCAAGGAAGAUUUGAAAAGAAAUAUUGCACUUAAAUUAGUUUAGACAGCAUGACAUCAGAAGCUAAUUAAGCAGCUUUGCGCUGGAAUUCCGUUUCCAAUUCCUCAGUUCAGGUUCGAGGAGGGUUUUCUGAGCACCUGCAGGUUUGUGUGUGUGAAAUAUUUUCACUGGACGGCGUUCAAACUUUGAAGGGGAAAAAAAACUGCGGCAGCAUUACGCCAUUCUUCCCUCUUGGAAAAAGUGGGAUUUAAACAGCUCUCUUACAAGAUAUCCAGCAGAAUAGUUGGAGUUUAAGGGAAGUCAACUUUCUCUUGUCCAUGCUAAGCAUUUUCUCGCACUACUCUGGAAAGCGGGACCUGCGGCAUGAGAUUUGCUUCACUAUGGUUCUGGAUAGCGGAUCUGAGAGUAACGGUUUGCAUGGUCGCUUUUACGCUAGAAUACUUAAUUCUCGUCCACAUCUCCACUUCUCCAAACUCGUUCAUGUUUACCUCUUUCAAACGGGAAAAGCCUGCGCGCAUUUCUCCAUUGGAACUUUACAGAGGUAGAUCAGAGGAUGAAAGUUCUGAAACGUCUCCCUCUUUUACUGGGGUGCUGGACUCUCGUAUACCUGGACCUCAUCUUAGCGUCACUGAGCCAUACCGGGGCGGCACAGCGCGCGCCCAACAGCCGUGGCGAGGAGCAUACAGGCGGAGCAGGUGACCGCACUCAACUGGGAACCGGUUGGAAGUCUCCUAAUUCUGCGAGGAUCACGCGCAUUCGGACAGGACCCCCGUUAAUCAAGGGCGAGGUGGCCAAGGGGAAACCUGUGGCAUUCGCGCCAGCAUCUCGCGUGGUAACGGGCAGCCGCGCUCGCGGGGCUAUCAAUUUAGGGCGCAAGGAGGCUGCGCGCUCUUGGGUAGCCGGGGAUACUCCAGUGGCUCCGAACGUGCACCUGGUCAAAACCAGCGGCAUUGGCACACCCGGGAAAAACACUGGAAAACCUGCAGCAAGGGCGGCAACACCAGUGCGCACCGGACCGAACAGAGCUGUCGUUACGCAAAAGCUUAGUGCUCCGGCAGCCCUGAGGAGUGCCAAAUUAACGGGCAAGCCUAGCGACAGAGACUCCACCAAGCACCCUCUGGUGACACCGCACGACUACAUGCUGUCACUGUACUGGUCGCUGUCUACCGGGGAGGUGAACACAAGUGUACUACAUGAGGCGGGUUUGGCCAACACGAUUACGAGCUUCGUAGAUAAAGGACAAGAUGAGCGGCAGCCGCAGCUGAGAAGGCAGAAGUACUUCUUCAACAUCAGCUCCCUGGAGAAGGAGGGGCUCCUGGGGGCCGAGCUCCGCAUUCUCAGGAAGCGCCCGGCGUCUGACCCCCGCAAAGCCCUCCCGGCCGGUGGAAGCUCGGGCCCUGGCUCUCUGAGCCUGAAGCUGUUCACCUGCGCCUCAGGUAAACAGAGGCCCACGCUGCUCCACACACGCACCGUGGAGGACCACGGCACGCCCAGGUGGGAGGUGUUUGACAUCUGGAAACUGUUCCGGAGCUUCAGGAACGCCCCCCAGCUUUGUCUGGAACUGGAGGCCCAGGAGAGGGUGCCGGGGGGGCGGCCGGUGGACCUUAAGACCCUGGGGUUCGGCCGUCUUGGCAGGCAGACCAAGGAGAAAGCCUUCUUCCUCGUCUUCGGUCGUACCAGGAAACGCGACCUCUUUUACAACGAGAUCAAGGCGCGGUCGGGCCACGACAACAAGACCGUCUACGAAUACCUGUUCACGCAGAGGCGCAUGCGCCGCGCCCCCGCAGCUAGGGCCGGGAAGAAGCUGCCCCAGACCAAGCCACGGUGUCACCGGCGCCAGCUGCACGUCAACUUCAAAGAGAUGGGCUGGGACGACUGGAUCAUCGCUCCUCUGGAAUACGAAGCAUUCCACUGCGACGGCGUGUGCGACUUCCCCAUUCGCUCGCACCUGGAACCCACCAAUCACGCAAUCAUACAGACCCUCAUGAACUCCAUGGACCCCGACUCCACCCCGCCCACUUGCUGCGUGCCAACGCGCCUCAGUCCAAUUAGCAUCCUCUACAUUGACUCAGCCAACAAUGUGGUGUACAAACAGUAUGAGGAUAUGGUGGUGGAGUCGUGUGGGUGCAGGUAGCGGUGAUGAAACUAGAGAGAGAGAGUGAGAAAGAGACAGAGACAGACACAAAUUCAAAAUAAGUUAGAGAGAGACACACAGAAAGAGAGAGAACCAUAGAUCCAUAGUUUUGUGUGUCAAUUCAUACAGUACCAAAGAACCAAAAUAAAGAGAGACAUGGAACACACUCAUCUGAUCACUCAGCAAGUUGGUGGAAUUAUAUACAGUAUAUUUGAAGGAUCAGAUUAUGUUGAUAUUAUCUGUCAGGGAGCCAUACAGUCAAAUAUACACCUUAGAGGGUAUGUACAAGGCACAGAGGAGACUUUGGAAAAUCUAGAUGAUAUAUAGUGUAUAUCCACUGGCCUGAGUUAGAAGCUAACAGGAUGACCAGACCGUACCUUUGUUCAUUCUAUGCCCUGUUUUAAAAAGCAUUUCACAACAAUACUAUGGCAUGCCUGAGGAUUUUUUUGCAGCUCAGUAAUUCACUGCUGAAUAUUGAAUUAAACAGGGGGAAACCAUAUAAUGUACAGGAUUAUUGAUUAUCACGGUUAAAACCGCCUGUAAAACGGAAUGUCCCGAGUUAAACCAAUUGUUUAAACUAAAAGUCUUUCUGGAUGAAAGUAGGAAUUAAAACCAUUACGGUAUUUAUAAAUUAUAAUCUGGUACAUUUCAUCAAUGAACAAUUCUGGAAUUAGCACAGACGGUGGCUUUAACGUCUAGCGUUUCAGCUGCAGUUCCAUUUGUCACCACUAAGGGUUCGUCUGCUCACCCCCACCUGAGUCCAUGCCCCUUGCAGAGCUACUUCGUCAUUGGAUAAGCACAGCUGUGUGAAGGCAUGUCCGAAUGUCCUGUUUCUCCUAGAACCAUGUGAUGUAAGCAUUUCCUUUAAUCAAAGCAUGUGCAUGCCAUAGGUAUUGCCAGCUCAGACUCAACCGUUGAGGCCUGAAAGAGGAAAGAAGAGGAGAGUGAUGGCGGAAGACUGGAAAGGCGAGAUUUAUGAGAACACAAGUUUGGAAGCCACUUGAUAAGAUUUAUGAUCAAGCUAAGAUGUUAUGAAUUAUGAGGCAUCCAUUGAUUUCUCCACUGAGUAGUUUCUGUUCCAGUGAGAAAAAAAUUGAAGAAAAAAAAGAAGAAAAAUGAUUCAUUAAUACAGUUAUUGAGAGUAUUACUUUUAAGAUGUAUACUUCAAAUAUGUGUUCUUUAUGUGUAUCAUGGCUUUGAAUUAAA